GAGCAGAACUGCCCUCCUGCUUCACAUCCGCGUGCAGCAUGGAGACCUGCCUGCGCCUGCUGCUGCUUCUUGGGGUGGCCACGGCUGUGGCCACCGCCCAAGCCCAAGCCCAAGCCCAAACCCAAUCCCAGUCCCAGGCAGGCUACGAGGAUGCUGUCACCACCGCCGUGGACAUCUUCAACCAGGAGUCGGGCCUGCCCCAAGCCUACCGGCUCCUGGAGGCUGAGCCCCAGUCGGAAUGGAACCCGUCUUCCCAAGCUGCUCAACCGCUGAAGUUCUCCGUGAAAGAGACGGUCUGCCCGAUAGCCCAGAAAGGCAACCUGAAGCAAUGCGACUUCAAGGAAAAUGGGCUUGUUAAAGACUGCUCCGGGCUCUUCACCGCUGGGAAAAAGCCCCCUGUCACUGCUGUUAAAUGCGAGGAUACAUCUCAGGAGCCCGAGCUCGUCACGAGGAGGAAAUUCUGGAAAAAAGUUCUUAAUGGUGCUCUCAAAAUUGCCCCUUUCCUUUUGGGAUAAGCUGCUGCCGUCCCGCUAGCUCCAGCCGGGGAUCCCGCUUGCAAGCAUCGUUGGAAACAAGGCCCCUGGCAAGCCGGAGAGCUACAGAGCUCCUGUUUCUCCUCCCCACAAGCUGCUUUUCCACCUCCUAAUAAAUUCUUAUU